AUGAAGAAAUCGAACAAGAAAGACAGUAAAGACACUCCAGAUGAUGAGAACGCACUCAUGUUUAAGCCAGGCACACUGGUGCUUGCACAAAAUAAAAGUAAUCUCUAAGUAGACAAGGAAUGGAGGGAUGCCAAAAUAGUUGAGACAAGAAAAACUAAAAAUUAUUCCUCUAACCCUAUCGAGAGCAAUUUAGAAUUUUACGUCCAUUACGAAGCACUUAACAGGCGAUGAGAUGAAUGGGUCACUUAUGACAGACUAAAGCUAUGAGACGAGACUAUGUCCAAAAGAGAAUCCACAAAUGAUCCCCUAAUUGAGCAUGAUGAGCACGAAGGAUUAGACGAGAAAAGUCUGGCUAUGCAUGAAGAGCUUACUAGAUUCAAAACUAUAAGCUUCAUUGAAAUUGGAAAACAUAGGUGCGAGACUUGGUAUUUUUCACCUCUCCCAGACUACUUCCAAAACAUUGACACUCUUUAUAUAUGUGAGUUCUGUUUAAGCUUCUUUAAAUAUAAAUCAGAGCUUAUCAGGCAUGCAUGCAGAUGCACUUUGCAACACCCAAUGGGGAAUGAGAUCUAUAGGGAAGGGAAUAUCUCAGUUUUUGAAGUUGAUGGGGCAAGGAAUACGCCUUAUUGUGAAAAUUUGUGCUAUAUAUCUAAGCUGUUUUUAGAUCAUAAAAACUUGAGCUAUGAUGUUCUGCCAUUCUUGUUUUAUAUUCUGACAGAAGUUGAUGAUUAUGGCUGCCAUAUAGCUGGAUAUUUCUCAAAAGAAAAACCUGGCCCUCAGUAUAUUCCAGGGAAUAAUUUAUCAUGCAUUUUGGUGAUGCCGUUUAUGCAAAGAAAAGGAUAUGGGAAGUUUUUGAUCAGCUUUUCUUAUGAAUUGUCAAAAAAAGAGCAAAGAAUGGGGACCCCAGAACGACCGAUUUCUGAUUUGGGGUAUGCUUCUUACUUCAGCUGGUGGAGUGCAGAGGUUAUUAACUCCCCCCUUUGGUUAGUUAGCAAAAAAAACUUUAAUAUAAGUAUUUUCACAAAAUAAUUCUAUAUAUAAUUGAUGAGAAAGAGAUCUUUAGGUAAAUAUAUUAAAUUUUAAAGAGCUUGAAUUUUAAAACAUAAAUUAAAUUAAUUAGAUUAUUGAUUUUAAAUAUUUACAAAAUAGAUUUAGAAAUUUGCUUUUAUUUAUAUUUUUAAUUAAAAAAUCAUCCUUUAAUUAUAUUAAUUAUUGCUCAAGAAAUCAAGAAAUUAUAUUUAAUUUUAGGCAGCUAGCUUUUAAAAAAUGAUUAUAAUUAAAUUAGAUUUCAUUUCAAAUCUUUACAAUUUUUGAUUUUAAUAUUUUUCUGUAUAAUUUUUUUAACAGCGAGCAAGAAAUUCUUGCUUAGCAGGAGUAAGUGCCUUGAAGAAAAUCAAGGAGAGAUGCUGUCAAUAAAUGAUAUUUCACAGAAGACUUAUAUUUUGCCAGCGGAUAUUAUGGAAGUUUUAGAGAAGCUUAAAAUUUUGAGGUAUAAUCAAGGAAAUUAUGUCUUCUAUAGCUAAUGAACCUUUAUGGAUCGACUUCAUUGAAAAUGUAACUGCUCUAAUGGACUUCUCUUCUUUUGCAUCUUAGACCAGAUUCAGAUUAUAAUAAAAAGGUCCCUAGUUCAAUAUAGUUUUAUAUAAUUAUGUUUUUAAAAUUAGUAUGAAGCUCGGCAAAAUAAAGCCAGACAUAUUUUACAUUCAAAAUGUUUCUUCUCUCUUUAUGCUUGAAAAAUAGUUAUUUAGCGGCAAAAUGGCUUAUAUGGAAUUAAAAUGACUAGUCAAAACAUUUUUGACAAGUGUGAACUAUUUUUACAAUUAAACUAGCUAAAUUUUAAAAUGGGUUUAAUAUAAAACUAAUUUUAAUUUAAGUUACCCUUUUAAACUAAAAAUUAUCAGUAUCUUAUCUAUUUUCCUAUUUUCAAUAGAAUAUAGAUUCGACAAUUAAGGAAAUAAAAUUCUUAAUGCGUAAUCACAAUAAUAUGAAGUUCCAGAUAAGACUGCAUAAGGUGAAAAUAAAAAUUUUACGGCUUAAGAAAAUCAAAAUGAGAAAGUGACGAACAAAAAAAAUAAAAAAUUCUAUGUGCACUUGUCCAGAAAGCAGAAAAUAAAGCUACAAAUGAUUGCUAUUCUCAGUUAGAAUAUGAAGUUUGAGAUAGUGCCGAGUAAGGUGAAAUAAGAAUUUUAAAUUUUGUCAAAGAACCAUUUUUAAAUGUAAAAUAUGCCUGACUUUAUUUUGCCUAGCUUCAUACUAAUUAUUAGAAAUAUUUUCAAAAUAUUAAAAUAGCAAUUAUAUAAAACUAGAUUGAACAGGAACAUUUUUAUAUUUUCUAAACAGUUAAGGGUCUGGUCUAAGAUGUACAAGAUGAGAAGCCCAUUCGAGCAGUUACAUUUUCAAUGAGGUCAAUCCAUAAAGAUUCAUGUUCUAUAUACAAACCCAGAAUUUUUAACAAGGCUUAAAAAGACAACUGGAAACCCAGGAAGAUUAGUUUACCCAGAAAAUCUGCACUGGACGCCAUUAAAGAUUAGUUAG